UGAGUCACUUCACCUGCCUUGAAAGGAUUUAUGAAGCACAAGUGCAGCACAAGUUCAUUAGCUCAAAUCCCAUUGAGCCCAAGUGUGUGUGUUUGACUGUUUAUGGUAGAGUAUAUGAGUGUUUUGGCUCAUUUCUGGUUGCCCUCAUUCACCUCUACAGAUUAUGGUGCUGUUAUCGACUGUCUCUUCGCUGUCUGUUCUCUCUCUCUCUCUCUCUCUCUCUCUCUCUCUCUUUCUCUCUCCCUGUCAUGAUGGUAAAAAUAUCUGCAGACAGCAGGAACACAGGCACAGUUCUCUCUCUCUCUCUCUCCCACCCAUGUGAUCUCUCAGGCAGGCGUCGCUGUGCACAAUCUCCAGCCCUCCGCCAGCUGCAGCUAAUGAGUCUUUGUGUGGCUCGAGCAAAUGAGAGAGAGUGUUCGGUCUGUUUUAGACCGGAGUGUAUGCUAACAGCAGCGGAGAGCCGGGUUUACCUCUCUCGCCCUGGUCUCCUCUUGAGUCCAAGUGCAAUGGAGGGCCUUCAUUCAGACCGUCUCAUCUGACUCUGAACGGCGUGAGGGAGGAGAGAAAAGCAGCAGCGGUCGCAGCCUGACGGCAGCCAUGAGUGGAAUUCUGAAGAGGAAGUUUGAGGAGGUGGAGGGGGCGUCGCCCUGCUCCUCACUGAGGGAGUCUGAGGAGGAGGAGAUAUCCAGCACUGAGAGCGGAGACAGCAGCGACAGCGUCAACCCGUCAGCAUCACACUUCAGCCAUUCUUCAUCAGCAUCAUCCUCAUCGUCAACACACGCACUGCAGCGGACAGCGUCCUCGAUACUGAAACGGGAGAAGCGGAUGAGGACGAGGAGGGUGCACUUCGAGAAGGUGACGGUGUAUUACUUCAGCCGGAGGCAGGGAUUCACCAGCGUGCCCAGUCAGGGUGGCAGUACGCUGGGCAUGUCCAGCAGACACAGCUGCGUGCGGCAGUACACGCUGGGAGAAUUCGCCAUGGAGCAGGAGAAAAUCCACAGAGACAUGCUCCGAGAUCACUUGAAAGAGGAGAAACUCAACUCUAUUCGUCUGCGGUUGACGAAGAACGGCUCGGUGGAGUCCGAGGAGGCCAAUGCUCUCACGCUGGAUGACAUCUCUGACGAUGACCUGGACAUUGAUAACACAGAGGUGGAUGAAUACUUUUUCCUUCAGCCACUCACAACUAAGAAGCGGCGUGUUCUCCUGCGCUCAUCUGGGGUCAAGAAGAUCGAUGUGGAGGAGAAACAUGAGCUACGAGCCAUCAGGGUGUCCAGGGAAGACUGUGGCUGUGACUGCAGACUCUUCUGUGACCCGGAGACCUGUGCAUGCAGCCUCGCUGGCAUCAAGUGUCAGGUAGACCGCAUGUCAUUCCCGUGCGGUUGCACAAAAGAGGGCUGCAGCAAUGCAGCCGGAAGGAUCGAGUUUAACCCCAUCCGAGUUCGGACUCACUUCCUGCACACCAUCAUGAAGCUGGAACUCGAGAAGAGCCGCGAGCAGCAGCAGAAUUCCGGCUCCAUCGUGCCGAACGGCAACGGUUUCCAUGGAGACCCGAACAGUCACUGCAGCCCCUUGAUGGCGGGCCAGCAUGCGCUGGAAUACGCAAUCCCGAAUACAGUCCCACAAACCAACAUCAUGCACCUGCAGGCCGGCGACGACAUGGACGACACAUUGGAUGAUGAGGAGGAAGAAGACGACGAAGACGAAGAAGAUGAGGAAGAGGAUGAAGAUGACGAAGAAGACGAGAACGAAGAGGACGAGGACGAGAGCAGCAGUCUGUGCAGUCUCUCCGACUCCAGCACACAGAGUUUGGAGAACAGCGACUCUGAGGAGGAAGAUGACAAUGAGGAGGAAGAGAAGACAGAAGAGUUUGAUACAGGAUUUUCCAAUAGCGAAGUGGCUCCGCCCCCUUCUGUGAUGCAUUACUCAGAGAAUACGGUCGUGUCAGGCAACCAAACCAACGGCAAUUCCUACUUCAUCAACUCCACCGCAGAGUACUACCCAAUGGAAAAAGCUACUCCACCCGCACUUUUAGCCACUGCUAACCUAUCUAGUGAGCCCUUCUUAGGGGACACAGUGUCCUAUAAAGACAAGGUUAAUGACUCCAGUAGGGUCAUGUCUCAGGGUCCUUACAAUGUGACCGCUGACCAAUACACAGACUACUCCCAGCAGCCAGAGCAGCCAUACGCCAAUCACCACUUGGCCGUAAUUGGUUGUUGCGCCUCACAGCUGGAUAAAAGUGUCCAGUCCAAAGGGACCUUCCUCAGCCAAUCAGGAGAGCGGAGCCAGAUGGAAUUCCAAAACUAUAUGAACAACAAUACACAGGAAACAAGUUACAAUGCCAAUGGGAAAUGUUACUUAGCUGAACAGCCAAAGGAGAUGUCUCACAAUCUGCCCGAAGUUUCGCUAGCGGACAACACAAAAGGACCUACUUUACUAGACACUUUUGCUGAGCCCACUCCGGUUUAGAUUAAGAGAGCAGCAAGAGUAUAAAAGCAGUCUUUGAUUCUGCACAUCAAUGUUUAGUUUCCUGUUUAACGUUUGCCGGAUCCAAAAAUAUGUAUUUUUACUUAACUUUGCAAAGAAUAAAAAUCACAUCAGAGCGUAUAAGCUUUAGGUUGGAAAACACUCUACGCAAGUGUGUGAACGCAAACACUUCAUCCAGAAAUGAAAAUUAGCCCAUGAAUUACUCACCCUCAAGACUCUUAAACCUAUAACCACAAAUGUAAGUAUUAUGAUGUAUUAUAAUUGUUGUUAUAAUUAUUUAUGAAUUGAUAUAACAUAAGUUUUUUUAUAAUGCAUUACGCAUUCAUUAUAAAGCCUUAAGAAUACCCUUAUAAUGUAUUUUAAAUACAGGCUUCAUAGAAAGUGUUAUCAAAAUAUCUAUAUUUAAAAUUUAAUAAUCACUUUAAUCUAGCUUGGGCCAACAGUUGUAGAUGGAAGCAGCUCCGGGAGGAUGACGUACGAGGUCAGCAUUGCGCAUGCACCAGUUAGUCUUGUAAAAACCAAUGUUUGUUUACAGAAUCAAAGGAAGCAAAAGUUUCCUUACUUUAGCAAAGGAAAACCAGUCUCCUUUUGGUUUAUAUUACAAAUCCUCAUUUUAUAAUUCUAAUCUGUGACCAUUGUUUUGAUUUGAUCUUUUCGCUGCGCUUCUGCAAUGUGCAACGCCAACCUCAUAAGUCAUCCGCCCGGGACUGCUUCCAUGUAAGCAUAAACUAGAUUAAAUUGAUUAUUAAGUUUUAAAUAUAGAUAUUUUUCUUACAAAAACACAUUGAUUCACUACAGGAGGCCUUUAUUCACCCCCUGGAGUGUGAGGCACUUUUUAUUAUGGAUGGAUGCACUUUAUUUCACUUCUUUUGGACUGAUGCACUGCAACACCCGCUGACUGCCAUUAAACAGAUUGGAAGAUCAAAGAUCAUUUUUAACAUAAUUCUGACUGGAUUCAUCUGAAAGAAGAAAGUCAUGUACACCUAUUAUUUUGGAGUAAAAAAAUAAAAUAAUAAUAUAUAUUAUUUUUUAUGUUGCAUGCAGUCCAAUGUUUUUCAUGCUAACUUAUUUUAUGUUCUGCAGAAGAAGACAUAAGGGUGAUUAAACAACAUAAUCUUCAUUUUUGGGUGAACUUUAGAUUCAUAUUUGCAAGCAUCGGCCAAGCGUUUACAUAUUAGCAUAAAGUCUGUUCCUGGCCUUAAGCUUGUGCAAUGUUUCUUGUAAAUUCAAAAGUUCUUGUUUUAAUCAGAAAUGUGGAUAGAACUUUUCUAUGUAUCUGUGUCAGUGGUGCAAAAAAAGAAAACAGAAAAAAAAGAUUGUUGCUGUUAGUGUUCUGAAUUAAGUGUAUAUCUAAAUGUUUGAUAAAAAAGCAUGUUUUUUGUUUUGUUUUUUUAGCUUUCAUCGCUGGUUCAUGGUUUUGUAAAAGUUUGAUGUACUGUAAAAGAGAAAAAUGUUGUGUUUUUGUACACAUACUUUAUGCUUUAAAGAGUUGGUGAAAGCAUGAAAACAGCUCUUAAAAUGUGUGCUGCUCAUUUGCCUUUGCUUACAAAACCAAAACUGUGAUCUUUAAGUUGUGAACACAAUACAUUUGCUCAACAUAACUGCACUUUUCCAUUGGCUGAUGUUACACAGAACCACAACCAAUUGUUACCUGAGCACUGAAGGGGGCGGGGCUUUGCCGUAUCAUGCCAUGACUAAGGCUGCGUUCAGAAUAGAAUCUCAGAAUCGCAAGAUAUACACUCAGAAUCCACCUUUUUUCUCACAAUUCUGAGUUUACGCUUCGCAAUUCAUUUUUUUUGUUUUGUUUCUAACACAAAAUAAAAAAAUUACUUGAGAUUUUUCUAUCUUGAUUCUGACUUUUCUCUCAAUUCCGAGUUUGUACCACACAAUUCUGAGUUUAUAUCUUGCAAUUCCGCCCGUUUUCUCAGAAUUCUGAGACGAAACGUUUGAAUUAUAAUAAAAUAUAAAUCAUCUCAUUGUGGAAACAAACUUUCACAGUAUAUUAACGACCAACGAACUAUUUGUAUCGUAAAAAGCGCUAUACAAAUAAACUUGAAUUGAAUUUUUAAAUAAUAUGGGGAAGAAAAAAAAAAGUUAAUUUACAAAAAGUUUAUUUUUUUUAUAAUUCAUAUGAAACAUUUGCAGAGUGAUUAAAUUAUGCCAAGAAAAAGUCAGGAAAAACUAAAUUGUCCCUCAUAUUACUUUUGGGGAAGUGCACUGCAUUUUUGGAUACAGUAUAUACUGUAUUAUAGCAUGCUAUUCUGAACGCAGCCCUAAGUUAUGUUUUUAUAGCAUAUCUUUAUAGUUUUUAGUGGAGACAUG